GGGCCAUCCGAAAAAGCGGCGACCUCCUAAGGUAAGCAAACAUCGUGCACUUCCGUUGGCGUUCCUCAGAAAACCAUUCUAACUUCCCUACUCCCCGAUGAAAAUAAUAGAAUCGCCUCUCUCAUAGGCUGCCGUUUUGAGAUGUAGACGCUAGUAUCAGACGAGGGAGAAAACGGUAGACAUAGCCAUUUUUGAGAGACAACUAUUUGUCAGUGCUUACGGUGAGAUUUUUAAAACAACAUAUAAUAUGGCUGAGGCAGGCAGUAGUUCUCAACAGAUUCCCUAUAAUGAAGAUUAUGAAUCAGACUUUGAAUAUGAUGCUGAAGUAGGCGAGAAACGGAAAGCAAGGUAUGACUUAGCUAUCAAGGCUCCAGAAACUAAACUUUUUAAGCCAAACAGACAAGCGUUCCAUGAUGAAUGUAGUAGAGAACAAGGCAGAAUACAGCAGAAAGCAUUCCUUGCUUUAGAUGCAUAUUCAAGGCAUAAAAAAUUAAUAAACGAUUAUGUAUUGUGCUACCGUGGGACAACUUCAAAAUUAAAGAGAGAUACGAGUCAUUAUAAAACAGAUCACGAUAUUAUUAAAGAAAAUCAUCGCUUUUUAUGGGAAGAUGAUGAUGAAACCCAUACUUGGGGAGAAAAGUUGGCAAAAAAGUAUUAUGAUCGGUUAUUCAGAGAAUACUGCUUAUGUGAUCUCAGCUAUUAUAGAAAGCAAAGAAUAGGUUUGAGAUGGAGGACAGAAAAUGAACUAGUUAUUGGAAAAGGACAGUUCUUUUGUGGUAGUAUUCACUGUAAUGAAAACGAUAAUUUGAACAGUUGGGAAAUUCGUUUUGGAUAUGUUGAACACGGUGAGAGUAAAAGUGCUCUAGUCACGCUUCGUUUGUGUGAAAAGUGUUCAUAUAAACUAAAUUAUGGAUACAAAGGUAAAGCAGUAUUAAAAAAGAAACGUCAUGCAAAACCAGAAGAGACCAGAAAAGAAGAAACAAUGGAUAGCAUUGAUUCUUCAAUAGUAACUGAAAAUGUAGUGAAACAAAAUACUGAUGAAACUGAAGUCAAAGAAAGUGAUGUAUGGAAGCAACCAGUUACGGAAGAAAUUGAUCAGUCAAAAGAAGAUGCAUUUGAAGAAUUUUUGGAAGAGUUAUUACUAUGAUUUUUUUUUAAAUAUAUAUAUAUAUAUAUACUAUG